UUAGUACGUUGUUUAUGUAUUUAAAUUGGUAUUACCGAAAACACCACCUAUAAAUGAAUCUUGCAGAUUUCCUCUUCCUUUUUUGCUAUUAAAUAAACGACCCUGCGUGAGGAUUGAGAUAGGAACACUUUCCAGGGGACUCGUGGCGUUGCACAUUCCACUUCCGAUUCAUCUACGUAAAAGACGGUCCUAGCGGAGCUGCUCCGCGGAUCAAUUUUUUGAGUUUGUUUGGCGCGAUCCGAUUGAAAUCGGAGCCAUCAGAACUGCAAUCAUGACGGUGGGUAAGAGCAGUAAGAUGCUGCAGCACAUCGACUACAGGAUGCGCUGUAUCCUGCAGGAUGGCCGCAUCUUCAUCGGGACGUUCAAAGCCUUCGACAAGCACAUGAACCUCAUUCUGUGCGACUGCGACGAAUUCAGAAAGAUCAAGCCCAAGAACUCCAAACAGCCGGAGCGCGAGGAGAAGAGGGUGCUGGGGCUGGUGCUUCUCAGGGGGGAGAACCUGGUUUCCAUGACCGUGGAGGGUCCCCCGCCUAAAGACACUGGCAUCGCCCGUGUGCCCCUGGCUGGAGUGGCAGGAGGCCCAGGCGUUGGCCGGGCUGCUGGCAGGGGGGUCCCUGCCGGUGCCCCGAUGCCCCAGGCCCCCGCCGGCCUGGCCGGGCCUGUGCGAGGAGUGGGAGGACCGUCCCAGCAGGUCAUGACCCCUCAGGGAAGGGGGACGGUAGCGGCCGCAGCGGCCGGAGCCAGCAUCGCCGGAGCGCCCACGCAGUACCCCCCAGGCAGAGGGGGACCCCCGCCUCCCAUGGGUCGAGGAGCACCACCUCCAGGUAUGAUGGGCCCUCCUCCAGGCAUGCGCCCUCCCAUGGGGCCCCCUAUGGGGAUGCCUCCUGGCCGCGGGGCCCCCAUGGGCAUGCCGCCCCCAGGGAUGAGGCCCCCGCCCCCCGGAAUGAGAGGCCCCCCUCCCCCAGGAAUGCGUCCGCCCAGACCCUAGGCCUUCCCUCUGGAUUGAAGCGUGAUGUUAUCAACAUUCUGCCCUUCAGGGUGGAAUUCUCAGUUCAAGUUGUAUAGACUUAAUUUUGUAUGUUUUUGUUUCCUUUUUUAAAUAAAUGAUUUGUCUCUGACAGUUUAUUUUAAAA